ACAUGACUUUCUUUUGUCUCUGUACUUUAAAGCUUCUUGAGUUAAUUAUCCUUCACAUUGUUCAUUUAUAUGGUCAUAUGACUCAGAACUAAGUUCUUAAAGAGGAGAAAAAAACUAGACAAAAAGAUGUUUUCAUUUCAUGGGAACAAAAACUUACUGAUCAAAAAUAAAUAGAACAAUAUCAAAACUACGAUAAAGGAUUUUCAUAAAUGUUCCUUUAAAUUCUAAAUGUUAAAACUAAUUUCUUUCUUUUUAUAGUUCCCUUGCUACUAUUUAUAUUAGUUAAAUAUAGCAAAGAAUGCUUGGAAUCUACUGUAUUCUGCUCAAGAGGAUCCCUCAACGAUGAUUCUGAUGUCAUCCUAAUAUGUAUACCGAUGUAUUUAAUAAUAUGUGUGUAUGCAUUUUUUUGUGUUUCCAAUAGAAAAUGACACCAUCUAUUGGACAGACAUGGGCCUUAAUAAAAUCAGCAGAGCUAAAAGAGACCAGACUUGGAAAGAAGACAUUGUUACCAAUGGCUUGGGGAGAGUGGAAGGAAUAGCUAUUGACUGGAUUGCUGGCAACAUAUAUUGGACAGAUCAUGGUUUCAAUUUAAUUGAAGUUGCAAGACUCAAUGGCUCUUUCCGUUAUGUAAUUAUUUCCCAAGGCCUGGAUCAACCAAGAUCUAUAGCCGUGCACCCAGAAAAAGGCUUCUUGUUUUGGACUGAAUGGGGACAAGUGCCCUGCAUUGGGAAAGCUCGCCUAGAUGGUUCUGAGAAGGUCAUGAUUGUAAGCAUGGGAAUAACAUGGCCCAAUGGCAUCUCCAUUGACUAUGAGGAAAAUAAAUUAUACUGGUGUGAUGCUCGCUCAGACAAGAUAGAGAGAAUUGACCUUGACACUGGUGGGAAUCGUGAAGUGUUGCUGUCUGGGAGCAAUGUGGAUCUGUUCUCAGUUGCAGUCUUUGGGGCUUACAUCUACUGGUCUGACAGAGCACACGCCAAUGGGUCAGUCAGAAGGGGCCACAAGAACGAUGUCACAGAAACAGUCACCAUGAGAACAGGACUUGGAGUCAACCUAAAGGAGAUCAAAAUUUUUAACCGAGUAAGAGAAAAAGGGACCAAUGUCUGUGCCAAAGAAAAUGGCGGCUGUAAGCAACUAUGUCUCUAUCGAGGAAAUUCUCGAAGAACCUGUGCCUGUGCCCAUGGGUAUUUGGCUGGGGAUGGAGUUACUUGUCUAAGGCACGAAGGAUAUUUGCUAUAUUCAGGAAGAACAAUAUUAAAAAGCAUACAUCUUUCUGAUGAAACCAAUUUGAAUUCCCCAGUACGGCCCUAUGAGAACCCACAUUAUUUCAAGAACAUUAUAGCCCUGGCCUUUGACUAUAAUCAAAGAAGAGAAGGUACCAAUCGGAUCUUUUACAGUGAUGCACACUUUGGAAAUAUACAGCUUAUUAAAGAUAACUGGGAAGGCAGACAAGUAAUUGUGGAAAACGUGGGCUCCGUAGAGGGUCUCGCCUAUCACAGAGCCUGGGAUACUCUGUACUGGACCAGCUCCAGCACGUCGUCCAUCACCAGGCAUACAGUAGACCAGACUCAGCCUGGAGCAAUUGACAGGGAAGCAGUCAUCACCAUGUCAGAGGAUGACCACCCUCAUGUGCUAGCUUUAGAUGAAUGCCAAAAUUUGAUGUUUUGGACGAAUUGGAAUGAGCAGCAUCCAAGCAUCAUGAGAGCCACAUUGACUGGAAAAAAUGCACAUGUGGUUGUCAGCACAGACAUACUCACUCCAAACGGACUCACCAUCGACCACCGUGCGGAAAAGCUGUACUUCUCAGAUGGCAGCUUAGGAAAAAUUGAGAGAUGUGAAUACGAUGGAUCCCAACGACAUGUAAGUUAAUUGCAUGUUUCUAGAUUAUAGCUUUAUAUAAUAAUUUUCAAAAUACUUGCUUUAUACUUUUCUAACAUAAACCUUAUCAAGAAAAUUUAAAAGCUCUAACUGUAUUAACAUGUUUAAUUGAAUUAUCUACCCAACACAAGUAGUCCAUAGAUGCUUUGAAAACCUUUAUUCAGUACAUUACUUAUUCUAAAGAAGACCUUUCAUAACUUUUACUCUGGGAGACAUAAUGAAUUUAAUUCCAGUUUUAGAUUAAACUGAACUUGAGUGGUUUACAUGCUCUUCAUUGGUAUUUAUAACAUCUUAAGUUUACUGCAAUAGUUUCACUGAAAAGUGAGAAAAGAAUUACUUCCAAAGUUCCGAAAACAGGCAAAUUGGACUGUGUUCCCAGAGAAUCCUAUCAUACCCAUUGAAGUUUUUGUACUUGCCUCAUGAGAUGUUGGUAGCAUAAUGAUUAUGCUGUCUUCUGAAUAAACCUCACAGCAGGUCCA